GAGCAUUCUGCUAAUGGCCGGAAGCUGAGCCGAAAACUUCGAAGGCCCGACUUAGCUGCUUCAAAAACAUCGCCCACAGCUGGGCGAUAUAAAUAUAGAGUAUAUACCCAUUAUACAUUUACGAAAAUCUUCAAGAGCAAGCUGGCGCAACAAGAUCUCAAUUAUCAUGCCUCGAAUCAGGCGAAUACACUGCAUCCACGUUGGUGGAGUGGCGGUGUUGCUGGAUCAAUUGCAUAUUUUUUUGUCACGCCCUUCGAUGUGCUCGAAACGCAUAUGAUGAUCCUUAAGAAGGACAGAACCACAUUUCAAACGGCACGACGAGCGAUACGACAUAAUGGAUUCAUCUCAUUAUACGAUGGUCUAAGUGCUCAGGUGUUCCGGCAAUGCUCUUAUGGGUUAUUGCGAUUUCAUUUGUACCAUAAAGGCAAGGAAUACGUCGAUGAGUUUAAUUUUCUGCACAAGAUAUUUGUGGCGACCGUAGCGGGUACCAUUGCCGGUAUAGUUGGCAUUCCCAGCGAAAUGAUCAACACGCGAAUGCAGAUUGAUCGUAUGCUAAGUCCGAAGAUUCAACGAAAUUACAAGCAUGUCUUUCAUGGCUUCUACAAAGUUUGCCGUGAAGAGGGCAUCAGGGCUCUGUACACGGGUGGCAUGUAUGCUUGCACCCGUUCCGCUCUUGCCACCGUUGGCCAAAUUGCAGUUUACGACCAGAGCAAAAUUUUGUAUUUGCGCUAUUUGAAGCUGGACGAGGAUAGUAAACUUCUGCAUCUGAUUAGUUCGCUCUCGGCGGGCAUUAUCUGUGCUCCUUUAGUGCAGCCCAUUGAGAUCCUAAAGACAUUGAAAAUGGUCGCCACAUCGAACUAUUUGAGCACAAAAAAGCAGAAGAAGAUACAUCUUAUGCGUUUUGGAUUUCGAGGACUAUUUCGCGGAUUUACUGCUACUAUUUGUCGCAUGGUGCCCAAUACAAUUAUCUUGAUGCUUGUGUACGAAGAGUUACGACUUAGAUUUGGAUACUAUCAACCACACGAUUUAUAAUAAACUAUUAAUAUUGCGUCAGUGUAUUUGAAACAGACUAAAGAAGACAGCAUCGUGUCUAUAAAGUAUAAAUAUUAUACUAAUAUAAAUACAUCUAGUAUCUUGGGUUAGAAAUAUAACUCGGUGUAUGUCGUACACAUAAUAAUUAUUAAGUUUGUCCAAACUUCAAAGUAAUCUGAA